CAAAAAUCAUCCUCCAUUGAUUCAGUCCAGUGGGGAACGAAUAUUGAGACGCAAUAUGGUGGGGGCGAGGUUUUGUAAAUGUAGGAGUCGAACUGCAAUCCCUGUGAAAGCUCGAGUUUGGACUUCAUGGAUUGAUAAAAAUCCAGGGAGACGGUUUUAUGGUUGCCCAUUUUAUGAGAAGGAUGGUUGUGGGUUCUUUGAGUGGUAUGAUGAACCUCUAACUGAUAGGGCCAAACAUGUUAUCAAUGAUCUAAAAAUGGAGAAUAGAAGGCUUCACAGUACAAUAAUGAGACUAGAGGAGGCCAUACGUGCAGGGGAGGCCAUAACUGCAGGUGGGGAGUUUGAUGAAACACCAAUUCCAGAAUAUUAGCAUACCUUUAAACAAAACAUGGUAUUUGAGGUUGAAGAGCUUAACCGUACAGAGAUUGCAGAACAUUUGGAGUUACAUAGAGGAGCAAAUUUGAAGAGGAAUUAUGUGAUUGUAUUGAUGUUAUGUGCCCUUGUUGUACUCAUAUGUAUGAUUUUAGGUUAAUCAUGUAAAAAGUAUUCUGUUGUAAUCUUUACCAUCAUUGAUGGACAAUGGAGUAGCUUCUUUAGUAUGUAUGCAUUUGGUUUAACAUUAGUAUGAAAUGACUUUGUAUUUGGAAUUCAUUUGUGUUAAUUGUUGUGUGUUUCCUAUCUUAUUCUUUGAUUAUACAAGUGUUCAGCUGG